UACUUGAUCAGUGGAGGCAGCAGAGAGCAGGACUAAAUUCUGGACUGAUAUUCUUCCCGCUCGGCAGCUCCACCCUGUCAACAAACAGACGAGUCCCGGCUGAUCAUUGAAACUCUGUCAUGAACGUUUCAAAGGAGCAACAUUUUUCUCGUCUCUCUGUCUUUUUGUCCUUUUGGAAAAUUUCCCUCGAAAAGCUUCGUUUACAGUCAACACGGCGUCAACAUGUCUGAGCGUGGUGUUGCUAUGGACAGAAGCAGCCAGAACAAUGACAGACUUGGAAACAAGAGAUGGUUUUCGCGRCAUCACCUCCUCUUCUUUAUUCUGGUUUUGGGAGCUCUGCUUUUCUUCAACUACACAAACAAAAAGGACAUGGCGCUCGAGGCAAACCCUAAACAAUGGAUGCAAACUAAUUCAUCAAAACCACUGGUUCCUUCUACAAAACAAAAUAUUGUCUCCAAGAACCCAGGCAGCUCUGGUGCUGCAGAGACUGCUGGGCUUGCAGCUGAGCUUCCUCUGGCUCGGAGUGAUUCAUUAACACACGGCUCAGAUAUGGAAAAUCAUACGACAGUGAUGGUGGAGAUGAUUCAACAGAAGCUACAGACACAAACGGCCCAGCUGMCGCCGCUUCCUUACGUGUCUCCUGGACCAUACCAUGUGGAGUAUCCUCAUGAGUACCACUUUACAAUAAACGAGCCUCAGAAAUGUGAGCAGGAGAAGCCAUUUGUGGUUCUGAUGGUUCAAGUGGCGCCACGUAACCGAGCUCACCGUGACAUCAUUCGCAGCACUUGGGGAAGCGAAGGCCUGGUUCUGGAUAAAAUGGUGAGGCUGUUCUUCCUGCUGGGAAUGCAAACUGGAGAAGAUACUCAUCAGGUCCAGGAACAGGUGCUGCGGGAAAGCAGCGAGCACCGAGACCUGAUUCAGAGCGAUUUUGUUGACUGCUACAAGAAUCUGACCAUCAAAACCAUGGUGAUGCUGGAGUGGCUGAACCUGUACUGCUCCAGCGCUGCUUACGCCAUGAAGAUAGAUUCAGACAUGUUUCUAAAUGUGCCCAAUCUAGUUAAAAUACUCUUAAAUGCUCCAAAGACAGACUACAUGGCUGGUUGUGUACAAUAUGGCGCUACAGUCUUGAGGGAUCCAGAGUCUAAAUGGUAUGUGCCGACGGAGGUUUUCCCUGAGCCAGCUUACCCUCCCUAUGCUCUGGGUCUGGGCUACAUUUUAUCUCUGGACCUGACAGAAAAGCUCAUCGAAGCGUCCCGACAUGUUAAAGCUCUGUAUAUAGAGGACGUGUAUCUGGGCUUGUGUUUACRUCACUUGGGUAUUCUUCCAACCAACAACCCAGGRGGUUUUUACCUCAGCCUGUAUCCGGUGCGGUAUAGUCCUUGUGAAUACUCCAAGAUACUUGCCACAGCAACAGAGUCAUUCAUUGACCGGGUGUGGCUGUGGAAGAACUUUAAAAGUCGGUCUACAUACUGCUGAUGAAAAAAAAAAAAAAAAAAAAAAAAAAAACCUGCUAGGUCAACUGGGGCAACCCUUGCUCUUAACAGCCUGAGCAAGUUCAAGCCACUGUUCCACAUCAACUCCUGUCUGUUAUUUUACGCAAAAUUAUUUUACAUAUUUAUUUGACAAAAAUAAUACUUUAAAUGUGCUAUUUUAUAUUUGCUAAGACCAAAAAGUCAUAAAAUGAACAAAAGUUUUAACUUUGGGUCAGAAUGUAAAAUAGCCGCCCAUAAAUUUCCUUAUCAAGUUUUGAUAAUUAUGUAUAAUAGGUGUCAUAAUAUAUGUAUGUGAGAAAUAUAUUUUUAUCUCUUUAUAAAAUUUAUGAAAAGCAAUAUGUUGUUUUCUAAAAAACCAUGAYGUCUGUUCCUGAAGGAACGUGUUAUAGUUGUGUUUACCUGAAAUCCAACACCACCAGAACCAAGUUCUUUUUAGAGGUUCUAUAUUUUUUCACAUUCAGGCCGAGUUCAACCAGAGAAAGUUUCAAAGUUCAAAGUUUACCACAAAACACAGGGAUUUAAUUAUGUUUCUAUCACAGGGCUAUUCAACAGGCAUCCCACAAUCUGUUGACACCCACCCCACCACUCAAAAUAACCAAUAAAUUAAUGAAUAAAAUAAAUUUAAACAUUUUUUAUAGAUUUUAAAUCUAUUGCAGAUUUUUAAUUAUGAUUCAACGCAGCAAAAUAAACMAAUGUUUUAAAAAUACUUUUACAUAUUGCAGUGUGUUUCCCAACCAUUGUUACGCAACAACCCCCGCCCGAAAUCCAUGUUCGGCACCUGAGCUGUUGGCUUUGAGUAACUGUGACCUCCUGAGCAGUUUAGCUGAACAGCCCUGCUUUAUUAUUUUUAGUGGAAUCUGUAAYAUGAACCAACGCUGGUUGUUGGACUGAAGCUGAACUGAACUGAAUUGUGCAUUGCACAACUAAACUCGUUACAAGGCUUUAGAUAAAAACAUUUACGUACAUUAUAAAAAUGCUAAUGAGUGCAUUUGGUCUAUCUAAAGAUGACAGCAGGCUGUUUUCAGUUUUUGUUAAAAACAUAAAAAUCAAGCUGUGUAAAGAUGUGCUGCACCAGAUUAUAGCUGUCAGCUUAAAUCCAUCUGCAGGUUAAGAAAAAGAUACAGUAAUAAAUACAUUAAAGUAAAAAACAAGUGCAUAUAACAAACAAAAUCUUAAUUCACAAUUUAUCCACAAAUAACAGAAAUACAUCUCAAAAGGUGCACAGAUUCUGAUAAUAUAAUGAUAAUAAAUACAAA